UUAGCGACUGUGAUGCUAACGUAUUUUUAGCGGCUGUGGGCAGUGGAUGUGGGCCGGCCGGCCGGGACUGGGCUCAAUCCAGGCCAGCUUGAGAGAAGCUUUUCAUGUUGGUAAUCCCAUUAGGUCUGUCCCCCGUUGCCGUGGUGCCCUACCUGCCACCUUCUGUCCCCAUAAAGGAACCAGCCUCUAUUCAUGUUUUUGGACUACUGGUGCAGGUGUUGUGGCGCUACGCUAAUCAAGCGCCUUGGGCAGAUACCGACUGAGACCAAGACUGAGGAAACAUGGGUUGUCCUGUGGAAGCUGUUGAUCUGUUUGGGCUCCUUCUAUUCCCUGUACUACAUCACCGUCAGCCUCUGUGUUGGUUUUCUCAGGUUGGAAGAUGUUAAUAUCUGGUUGGCACCCUUUGACUUCACUAUACAGGAUUCAUGGGAAAAUCCAAAAUAUUUAGUGAGUGUGAUUUCCACCGAGGUCACGUAUCUCCUCAGUGGGCUGCUGUUUGGGUGGCUGGUCGAUGAGUGCAUGUGGGACUAUGCCAUCACCGUCACCCUUAUCCACGUCGGCUUCACUGUAGCAGUGAUGUCUGAUUUUCCAUCUGCGGAGCACUGGUGGGCUGCACUGGGUUCCGGGUUGCUAAUGAUGAUUUGCACUGGACAGCUUCUUGCAUACAGGCUUCUCAGAAGUAAUUUUGUGCAUCCAGCUGAUCUUCAGAACUUCUAA